AUGUUUGAUUUCUCACGGUCGAGUAGUACGUCCAGCUUCAAGGAUGCCUUGAAGAGAGCUUCCACAUCUAUACGGCCACAACCUUUGAGCGAUAAACGCGCUAUUGAAAGUAUUCAGCGAUAUCAAGAUAUACUAUCGCCUAUAUUGAUCAACACAAACACACUACUGCGAUCAAAUGAUAAGAUCUCAACAUCUCACAGGAGGAAAAUGGCUCCCGUAUCCAUCAAACAUGCCUUGAAUCUACCCUUGGAGUCAAUACUAAACUUGUACGUGCGACCGGGGGAGCCUCAUUUUGUGAUGUGGUUCAUGAUUUCGUCGUACUUCCCGCUAACAGCAGCGUGUCUUGGUCCGCUUUCAAACAUGAUUUCCAUAAUCGCCUUGAUUGAGCAUUGGCGAGUGGAUACAGAAACAGGAGUUUACCACUCUGACCCGAGAAAAGUAGUGAUAUUGAACGCAAUGUCGUUGGCUUUUGGUCUCAUUGGAAACAUUUCAUUGUUGAUGAACUUCUCGAGAUCUGUCAAGUACUUGAUCACGCAAUGCAUAUCUAUCUUUUCGUGGUUUUGUGCGUGCAUGCUUCUUGUUGCUGGGAUUUUGAUCACCAACUACCAGGCCUUGGAUGACUAUACAAACAUCGACCGUUCGGAAGGAUUUUAUUGUGCGUGCUUUACAGCUGCCUACUAUUUUGUCUGCAUGGUGAUAUUGUUGGUAAACUUUGCCGGAUACAGGUUGAACAAGUAUCCAGCCACGUUUAAUCUUGAUCAGAAGCAGAGAACGUUGAUGGUCUAUACGAUAUUGUUCAGCGCGUGGAGCGUUGCUGGUGCCGUUGCGUUGGCUCAUUUGAUCAAAGGUAUCUCGUACGGGUCCGCGUUGUAUUAUUGUAUCGUGUCUCUUCUCACCAUUGGAUUGGGCGAUAUCAUACCCGAGACGUCGGGGGCAAAGGUGGUGGCGUUGACAUUCUCGUUUGUGGGUGUAUUAAUAAUGGGGUUAAUCGUGGCGACUUUGCGCUCAGUGAUUUUGUCGUCGGCAGCUCCAGCUGUAUUCUGGAACGAUACUGAACUAAAGCGGAGGAAAUAUGUUGAGAAGCGCAUGAAGUCGAAUAGACCAAUCACGCCCGAGGAAGCAUUCCACCAGAUACGCCGUAUACGCAGUCAUGUCAAGACAAUCAGAGCCAACAUCGGACUAUUGACCACCAUCUUGAUAUUUUUGGUGUACUGGCUUCUAGGGGGCAUGGUUUUCCAUUUUAUUGAAGGCUGGUCAUAUUUCCACUCUGUCUACUUUUGUUUCCUUUGUUUAUUGACCAUUGGAUAUGGAGACUUUGCUCCGAAAACCGGACUUGGUCGUGUGUUUUUCAUAUCGUGGGCCAUCUCCGCUGUGCCUUUAAUGACAAUUUUGGUGUCAAACGUUGGUGAUGAACUAUAUGACAUUUCCAAUCGAACGAGUGAAUGGUUUAGCAAGUGGUUGUUUCGGCCCGAUAGUGCGUAUCAAGAAAAGAAGAAAAUUGCCAAAGAGAUCAAAGAGGAGCACGGCGAUGAUGUGACCAUCAACUCGUCAAUAUUGGCCGAUGAGCUCUUACGCGACUACGAUUUGACCAUGCAUGAAUAUGGAGAUGAAGCUAGUGAGUGUAAAGAAGACGCGGAAAUCGAACAGGAGAUUGUGGAUUUGGAUGGCAGUGAUGCUUCUGGCGGAGCAAAUGAUCCAGACGCAGGCGAUGCCGCCACGCAAACGCUCAAGUUGCGGAAUGUGCAGCACAAGAUAUCCGAGCGAGCUCGGAGGCACUUGGAAGUGUUGAAAUACUUGGAAAGACUUAAGCCAUUGAUUUCUGAUUGUGUGAGCAACCCGAUGAAAAAAUAUACUCUCAAACAGUGGCACGGAUUCUUUGAAAUCUUGGAGCUAGAUGAGUCGCCACAAGAUGUGCAAGAAACGAGAAAAUACGAUGGGUUUUGGCUAGGUGACUAUAGCCCACUUCGAUUACCUUUGAAAGAGCCAAACUUUAUGGUGUUGAAAGUGUACGACAAGAUUGAAGAAACUGUUGCUCGGUUGAUCGAUGAGGAGAUUGACGAUUUAAAGUUGAUGAACAAUCAAGAGGGAGAGGAAGAUGUUGGCCCACCUGCUGCGUCUGACAGGAAAGUGCAGUUUGGUACUUGA